AGCGCUGUCGUCGUGUCCCUCUUCUAUUCCGGGCUGAAUGGAGAAGCAGGUAUCCUAGUUACAACAUGACUGAGCUAACUGGAGAGCCAUCCAAAAUCAUUUGGUGACACUGGCAAGCACGGUGAUACUGCUGGAGACGGAUGUCACUCUCUUCUGCAACAUGUAAAAACUAGAGUGGAGAAAAAAAAUAGGAAUAAAGCUCUUGCUCAAUGCUGCAGAGAAAGAAGACCGCGCACUGGAAUGGCAGGAGAGGCCAGAGGCAAGAGGUCCUGUUGACCAAUACGGGCUGGAGCUAUACAUGGUAUCGCCAGACUAAGGGAACUGCUGGAUGAACGGGAGAAAGGUGUGUCAGGUGGGGCCCAGUAGAUUUGCCAGAGGGGGAGACCGAGGCAACAUUGGAGAAUAUAAAGAGGGAUCUGCUGAACAUCUACUCAGGCAUGCCAUCUACUCUCUUUUUGGGUUAUUUUGUUUAGAAUUUAGUAAUUUGUCAAGAUCUGAACACUGUGUGUGUUGGGCGGCUACAAGACCAAAUUGUUACUUGGGUACUAACAAUACAUUUUUGUAUGUCUGUGUACACAGGGGAAGGAAUGAGUUGGGCAGAGAGAGCAGAACCAAUGAUGGAAAAGACAUGCAUCAUCCUGUGGAAAAACCUUAACAAAGUGCCUGCUGCAGUGAUGUCUGAGAUCAAACAGGAAUGGCCAUUUCUCUUCUCUCAGAAAUGCCUAUUCUCACACUUUAACCUCCUGAUGGACGUUGAUGUCCUUCAGAAGCUACAGGAGGAAAUUAGUCGAAGAGGACAGACCAUCCUGGAUUACUGUGCAACACUGGACAACCCAAAGAUCCGUGAUGUUCUGGCCUGCUAUGAUCCAGACUCUGACAAGGCUGCCUGCAUCCUGCUGCUCCUAAUGUUGUACUUCAGAGAGCCGAAAGAGAGUUUGAUGCUUGAAGUUGAUUCAUGUGCCACUGCUGUGGGCGUCAAUACUGCAGAACUCCCCGGAACCCCGUGCUUGAUCAUUCAAGGUGACAUGAUGAAGCCCUCUGGAUGGCUUAUAUCCAUCAAGGGACAUGUCGUGAUGGGCCCACACCCUUUAUUUUUACAUGGAGUAGCUGCUUUCUUCAGCAGCUAUUACGUAUUCAACCUUGAGUAUCCUACCGCUGGAUCUUCGACACUGGAGUUCAUUCAAAGGUGCUUCCUGGGCAUCAAUCCUGAAAGAGGCUCAAAGACCAAGAAGCGGACAACAAUGAACCCUCAUGUGAGCACCCUUUUGAGGAAACUUAUUGACUUUGAGUGGGCAUCAUAGUUUUUUUUUUUUUUUUUUUUUUUUUUGCAGCGGUAGUUGUCAGGCUCAGUUUUGAGUAUCCUUGUUCUUUUUGUAAUUUUUCCAGACAACUUUGCACUACAAUGCUGCUGCAUGUGACUCUUGAAGUACUUGGCAUCUGCUAAACAAAUGAAAAAUAUUUUUUUCUUAAUAAAUAUGCCAUUGGGCUAACGUUGACUUUACCUCAGAGUUGUUUGUUGGGGGGAGGGGGUUAAUUGUACAAUGAUUGUAAAUUCACAGUAAAUGGAAGCUUCAUCUGCAUUACUUUUACAGUAUACAGUUUUACAGUAUGUUAUUGGACAAUUUUAGCAUGACUUCCACAGUAUACAU